CUACUUACAUUCACAUAUAGUCUCCGGAUGGCGGCGGUAUGGAGCCAUCAGUUCUCUUACUUUCACUGACCGCGAAGAAGAGCGGAACCGCUGUAGUCGGAGAUGUUGCUGUGGAUACGUGAAGUUUACAACUCUCAAAGCUUUAUAAGAUGUCUCCAUCACUGACUGGUGUUUAGAGCAACUUUCCAGCCCAGUCUACAUUCACUAUGCUGCAAGCAGGGACGCUCCAACUGCUGUGCCUCACAGCCUCCAGUGGGGUCCCUCUGUUCUCACGAGGCUCCUCCAAGCAGCUUCCCUUUUCCAUCAUCGGCUCCCUAAAUGGCGUCCAUAUGUUUGGCGCCGGCCACGAGGCUCAGUUAGCAUGCUGUGAGACGGAUCGAGGGAGUCGUGUGGUUUGGGGGGUCUUUCAGGAGAGCCUGAUGUUGAUUGCGGUGAGUGGUGAUGGGGGCUCUUCCAUCAGUGAGUUGCAGUUGCGCCGCCUGCUGGAGAAUGUGUGGAACUGCAUGGUCCUGGUCCUGGGACAGGAUGAGCUGACAAACAUACGGAACGUGGAGCGGCUAAAACGGGAGUUGCGCUCUUGCUACCGCCUGAUCGACCUGCUCUUGGAACGUGUCAGUGACAAUCAGGGAUUUAUGGGAGAUCUGACGCAGUGUGCCGACUGUUUGCUUCCCUCCCACUCCGGCUUGCUUCAGGAAGCCCUAGACUCUUUCGCCCAAGCAGCAGAGAGUGAAUUUGGCUGUCUGCUGGUUCACGGUCGUGUGGCACAAGCCACAGAGAAGUGGUGGUCUCGACUGACGUCCCAAGAAGUUGUUGUGCUCUCAGUCUUGGUGCACUCACUUUCUGGUGCAUCUUCAUGUGACUACCCGGUCUUCCUGCCCCAAGGAAGUCCUACCGUCGCCAUUCGCUUGCUCAGUUUCCAACUACUUCCUGGGGCUCACUUGUGCGUCCUCUGUGGCCCCAAACCUUCUUUGCACAAGGCAGAGAAUGAGCUCAUUGGUCGUUUUUGGUCUACUUUUGUGGAGAACCUGCGUAGCUGUUUGGAGCAUGCUGAACGUUCCAGUCUUCCCUCAUCUGUUAGCCUUCGCUGGGACGUCCAGGCUCUUCUGCUCAUCAACCGUGAAUCUCGACGUGCCGUCACCGUCUGCCCUCGUGUUCGCAGUGGCGCACCCUCAGAAGCUAUGCCUCUCCUCUCGUCAGGCAGGCGUUUGGAGCUCCUCCGCCUCUUUUAUACAUUUGCUGUGACUCGAUAUUUUACCUCUCAGGAGACAUCAGUUUCGUCAGCCUCGGAGGAUUUCUCUCAGGGCUUUACCCACGUCCCUGUGCAGUGUUACCUUGUCACUGAUGAGUGUAAGUGUUAUGGCCUGCAGAGUUCCCAACACCAGCUCUUCGUCCUCAUGGAUCUCUCUGUGCCCACGUUUGCCUUGCGUUCUGUGGCUACACAGACUCUCUCAGCGAUUACUGCUGCAACUGGUUUUUAGGGCAUUUGUUUGGACAUGUAUGGGUUACUUAAAGGGUUAGUUCACCCAAAAAUGGAAAUUCUGUCAUUAAUUA